AUGUUAGAAGGAAAAGCUUUGGUGGAAGACACAGACAUGCCUUUGAAGAUGCAGAUCCAAGCCAUGUCUUCUGCUUCUCAAGCUCUGGAUCUUUAUGAUGUCUUUGACUGCAAAUCCAUUGCUGGUUAUAUCAAAAAGGAAUUUGACAGCAAAUAUGGGAAUGGAUGGCAAUGUGUGGUAGGUUCAAAUUUUGGGUGUUUCUUCACUCAUUCUAAAGGGACUUUCAUCUACUUUACAUUGGAAAGACUCAAAUUCCUGAUCUUCAAAGGGGCUUCAUCUUCCACCUCUACUUGAUGCCAAGGCCGUGUUUCAUGGUUUAUUGUAGUCUUGUACAGGCAAAAGCUGAAGAAAAAGGAAGAAGAUCCGAGGGGGUAAAUGUGCAGUGAAGUUCCUUUUUCUGUUUCUUUUGUUUUUUUUUUUUCCUUUUUCUUUCUUUCCGUAUCAAAUUGAAUGUCGGUUAGAGUGGAGGAAAAAAGGAGAAGAAAAGUACAGAGCAUCGGAAAGAAGAGAAAAAAGAUCACAAGUCAUGAGCAUUAGAGCAUGAUCAUAUGGGUUUUAUUGGAUUUUUCUAGUGUGGUUUAAGGAAGCCUUUUUGUAAUGCUCUGAAUCUGAUGUAUAAAUGAAAUGAUGAUAUCUAGUGGUACUUCAAUUA